AUGCGCUCGCGUGGGAGCGGUGUCUCCUUGCCUGGGUGCAGGCCGCCACAUCCACGACAUCGUGAGGAUGGAGAGUCCAGAGAGAGCGAGGGACACAGGAAGAUGCUGCCAGGGGAGACCAGUCACGGGGAGAGUGGGCCUGGGAUUGCACGGGAGUUUGGGGGACAGCCGGGCCUCAGCCAGUUGCCUGACUUUGGACUCCGUCCUGUCUUCAGGAGCCUGAUGCCUAAGCAGCUGGGCCAGUCUUGUUUCCAAGCUGGCAUCUUGAAACCCCAGAUAGCAGUGUGGGCCCUGGGCCCACGAAGGCCUCUGCACAGCUUUGUUGUUAGUCAGCCUGUUUCCAGCCCUCCCCCAAAGGUAUCCUUUCCUGCGCCCCACCGCUCGUAA